AUGGCGAAACUCUCCAGCGUGCCGCCCGAGGAGGGGCGUGCGCAGGAGGGACCGCAGCGGACGACGCGUGCAACGCGGUCAAUGAGCAAAGAACCGUCGAUGCCACCAACGCUGCAGAAGGCUCGUGGCGGCGCGAAGAAAGGUGGGAGGAAGGCGAAACGUGUUGCGAAUAGUGUGGAAAACGCAGACCAUGACCUGCCGACUGUUGACGAAGAUGCUGGACCAGAAGAAGAACUUCCACAGGAACCCACCAUCGGCGAAGACAUCCCAUCAGCCGUUAACACCGAUCGCACUCGCCAAGAAUCCGUACUUUCAGGCUUCUCUGGCACGACCGUCAAUACUACCUUCUCGCAAGAGGAAAUUGAAGACAUGGACCGCGACACGAUACUCUACCACCUCCCAAGGCUACUCACAACUGCAGAUGAUUUAGUAACGCUGCUAGUCCCAGCAGACCCCAGGUCUCGUCCUGUCGUGCGUCAAGAGAUUCGUGACAAAGGCACCAGGCUGAACAAGCUCUACAACAACCGUGUGAGGUCAUUGGGAAUCGACAAGGAAAGCUUUGGCACAACCGCCUACAUUGCGCCCAGUAGAGUGGUGCGUGCCCUCCUGCAAGUACAAGAUGUCCAAGACAUUCCCGAGGAGUUGUGGCGACCGGACUGCCUCAUCUACAAGAUCAAUCUGUCCACCAUGCUUCGCACCCUUCUCGUGGACAUCACCGACCAGCAAGCCAACCUCGAGCAACGAAACCAACUGGAAGACCUCCAGACCAGCUUCGACAGCACCAUUGCCGGGCCCCGCCUGGGUGAUCGGGAUCUUCAGUACCUCCUGUCGUUGCUUCGACAAAUCGCAAUUGUUCAAUUGUGCUACCUAAGCCCCGAUCAACCCUUCAACCCUCGCAAGCGGAUUGAGAAUGUCUUCUACGGACCGAACGAGGAUGCCACGUGGACAUUCAAGCACCAAAGCGCUGUCGACAAGAUGGGCCUGUCCGAGGAGGAGAAGAUUGGUUGUGCCAACUUCAUCCAGAGCGUCGCCAGCGAACUUAUCGACCAUUUCAAAGGAGGACCAGCCACUUUGAACUCCAACAUAGACCAGCUUAAGGCCAAAUACCCCUGGGAGCAGUUUGUGGAUGAGACCAUCGAGUACUUCCUUGGCCGCAAGCAAGAGCUUGAUGACCAGAUUGCUGACGUGGGAGGUGCCGAACAAGUAGUCACUGCUCUCGGCGCAGAGGUGGAACGCAGGCUGGCCGAGAAGGACGCACAGGCGAAGCGUGAAAGCUUGCCUUACCCUGCACCUGCGCCGAAGUCGACUGCUGCCAAAGACAAGGAAGAGGACGCGAAGAAGAAGAAAGCAAUGAAAGCACUGUUCAUGCGUAGCAAGGCGCUCAGCAAUCACGACGCAGCGAUGCAAGACUUGCGAGGCAGUGCCGCUGCUGCGCUAGAAACUGCUGCUGCAACCGCACCUGUGGCCCAAAUGACAGAUCCGGCACUCAUCGAGCACAACGCCCCGGUCGGCGAUGACUGGCAGCCGCUUCAAUCUAAUGACUAUGCAGUACCGGCGUCCGAGCCCGCCCAGCCGGCUGCACGAUCGUACCUGGCCGAUCUAGCCGGUCUAAAGGAAGACCAAAAGCGCAAGUCCACCAAAAGGAAGGGCAAGUCACUGCUUGACCGCCAGGAGGGCGCUCAGAGAGUCGCGUUCAAUGAUCCCGGCCAGUCCCAGUUCAGUGAAUACGCACCGCCACCUAACCUGCAAUACACUGCUCCACCCUCACAUGCGCAAGGGCCCUACUACCCAAGCUCAAGCCGCGCGUCCAACAAACGUCCGUACGAGGCUGCCGAAGAAGAUGAACCAGAAGCGUUCGAUCCUUCUCAAGACCAAGGCUUCGAAGUCGACAAUCGUAACCUGGCCGCAGCAGACCAACGCCGCCUUGAAGCGCCUCAACCUGCGCAUCUCCAGCAGAGGCACCCGGCCCAGCUGCCUGUGCGAGAGCCUUCGAUUGCUGCCGCGUCCAGAGCCAGCCACAGCCCGUCAAAGAGCCAGCGCCGUAACCCUGGAAGCAGCAUCCCAGCACCGCUCAUAAUCGAUCCUGUCAACUUCGACCAGCAGCUGACUCCAGAGGAAGGCUACCAGCGCGCCAAGAUUGCCGCACGCCACAACACCCUUGUCGCAGCACAGAGCAAGUCUAAGGAACCUCAAGCGCGCAGGCCGUGGAACCAGCAUGAAGAGGAGGCGCUGAUCGACUACAUCGUCCUAGGGAGUGAUGAUGGCAUAUCGUACUCCAAGAUCAAGAGUCUGGACAGGAGCAGACUUGACGGGCCGAGACUGGAUGGUAGGAGCGCGGAGGACAUACGAUUCAAGGCCAGGAACAUGAAGGAGGUGUUCAUGAGGGCUCGUCAGGAGCUGCCGAAGAACUUCAAUUACAUCGUGCUGGACAGGAAGGCGAUUGAUAAGUUGAGGAGGCUUGGUGUCGAAUAUGAGCAACCAAGAAUCCGUGGAGGCAGAGGGGUGGUAGAUCUGAACCAGGUGGAAAUAGAGGAGCCGGAAGUGGAUGGGCGCUUGGAGGAGAUGAAUGGGUGA